AGUACUCCGCUGAGUAAAGUUUUCUUGUUGACCCAAUGAAUUGAAAUUAUCCGCAUAUAGUUUUCACUUCCUAUUGAAUAUGGAAUUGCUGUGCACCCAGUGUUUUCUCCAGUUGUCAGUAAUGACGGAAAAUGGGACGGACAUGCGGAUGUGGCUGCGUCGAAAGGGCCGCAGACCCUGGGUGGCGGAACGAGAACAGAAUGUAGGGCGCGAGUGGUGGAAUGAGCAGUGGGGGACUUCUAUGAGAGGCAGGCGGGUAGUUGUAUAGGCAAACUGCAAGAGUGACAGAGUAAAAGUGUCGUAAUUGCGAAAAAUCUGAGUGUUGCGGGAAACGUCGGGUCGUCAGUAAGUUAUUGAAAGAAAAAGAUAAUCAUGCCGGUCGUCCGCGCACUGUUAUCCUCUUGCCUUCGUGGAAAGAAGCCAUCGCCGGUUUUGACGUUUCGAACCGGCGCUUGAAGGCGCACUACUCUUGGAGAGCUGCGGUGUGACCGAGCUGGACCGAAACCAUCUAACGAAGUACGAGGAGGAUUUUUCUGAAGACUGAUCUGCCACUCAGACGACACUACCCGAAGAUCUAUCAUGAACCCCGACCCGGUGCGCAACCUGGGGCCCUGGUCCUUCACCAUCCAGCAGGAGACGCCCGUGCACUGGCUGCGGUCCGGUCCGUUGGAGAGCUACUUGUUGAAGUGCGAAGUGGAAUGCAACCAGGUCGACGGCGCACUGGUGUCCACCGGGGUGCUGCUGCAUUCCGGCGACGACGUGCUCGGCGGGGGGAGCGUGUGGAUGGAGGUGAAGGACGGGCGAAAGGUGUACUGUUUAGGGGGGAACGACCUGGCCAGCAAACCGUUGGUCACGCAGUCCUAUCCGGUGCACUCGGUGGUGCGGAACGGCAGGAACGUGCUGAUCGAAGAGUGGGAGUUCUUGCUGCAGGGCUACACAGGCUGCGCCUUUUUCGAUCAACGCCGAGUCAGGAUAAAGUUUUCGCUCAAGGUAGAUAUUUUUGAAUAAAAUUACGAGGAGUAGGCACAAAAUGCUGGCGAACUCUGUUUCAGGCGGCAAUAUGUGACUUUUAGAUGAAUUAUCACUGUAGUUUGCGUCACCGAUGAACAAGAAUUCUUCUGUCUGUUACCCAUUCGACCCUGUUGCAAAAAUCUUCACAGCGCGGAAAGGGCGCCAUUGCGUUCUUCAACAGUAGCAAGUCGCCGGUGUGGGAGAACCCGGAAGCGUUCGAUCAGUUGUUCAGCGGGCUAGAUGUCGUCUUCCGAAACAUCCGUCUGACUGUGGUGUCAAAAAAGGUGGAGCUCGACACGUUUCUCAAAGACCCGCAAGUGAAAGUCACCGAGCCGCAGAAAAAGGUGAUUAAAUGUUCCGGUUGUGACAUCUGUUAGCGCAGAAGUGUGAGAUUUUUGAUUGUCUUUCGAUCGGUUAUGAAUUAGAUGGCUUUUGAGUGUAGUCCGCCCUCCUGCUCUCUAUCGCGGUGUAGCAAAUGUUGGUAAAAAACGUUCACUCAACAGGUCAAAGAACUGUGGAACGAGUCGGAGCUCGAUACGAAGCGGAAGCGCGCGGAGCGCCGCGCCCAGCUGACCGCGGACGACGACGGCAAGAAGGGGCCGCCGGAGGUCGGCGAUGUCGGGCCGGAGCACCUGGGCGAGGGGAAUAUUGGUAACAUCGUCGAGCUGGAGGAAAAGCUGAAGGAGGAUGUGGUCUACAGCCAGGCGCAAACCCUCGGCUCUUCCCUCGCCGAGCAGCGGCGGCAAAAGGCGACGCAAAAGAUGAACCUGCUGCAGCGGCAAAAGGAGCUCGUGGAGAACAUGGGCGAAAGCGUGCUCUUCAGCAGCGCAAGCUCCGGGUCGAAGCCCAACUAUGGGAAGAAGAAGUAUUUGUUCAUAAUUUCAGCUCUACCUCAAUGAAUGCACAGGCAAACUACAUUUUUGACGCAGUUUGAGUUCCGACUUUGUUGCCACAAGAAAUAGAAGUCAGUGAAUUCUUCUCGUCCAUCCUACACAGGCCCACCACGCUGACAUCGGCCAUGCGCGCGCACAUUCUGACGAACGAUGAGCUAACCGCCGACAGGCAGCACUACGACGACGAGUGGUUUCGAAAGAGCAGCGACUUUGGCUUGCUGGGGCAGCAGUACGAGUUUGGAUUGCCGCCGGAGUUGGAAAAACCGCCGCCGGGGCAGCACAUACGAAACCGAGACAAGGGCUUUAACAAGCCAGGGCCGCCAUCGCAAAAAGACGUCGACAAGUGGCGAGAAACGAAGCAGGUAUUGUUCCGUAGGACUAUCUCCAUGUUUGUGGAUGAAGAUCGAUGAGUUUCAAGUUCCAACGCAAAUAUACAACAUUCUGAGCUGCAUGAAGAAAGAAGCAACCUUUUUACUGAACCAAAUUAUCUCGUCUCAGGAAAUGCGCGCCAAGCCUGCACUGACCGAGAUCCCCGAGUCGGAACUGCUUGGGGUGAGAAGAAGACUCAUGGUCUACUUGGACACCUGCUCCGAUCGGAUCUCCCGGACGCGGGAGGAGCUGACGGCGCUGGCGGCAAAACGAAUGUUGGCAGAGGAGAAGCAUCCUAGAACUAUCCUGUGCAAAAGUAUCGCACUCGUAGUAAUUGCAGUCAUGCAUUACUAAGUUUUUUUCUCAAGCCAAAUCCGCAUUACUAAUGCUAAGGAAAUUUGUAAUGCAAUUACUACUAGUGCGAUGCUUUUGCAAUUCACAAGAACGGUGCAGCAGCAACUCAUGUCGCAGCAAAUGGAACUGGAACAAAAGCUAUCCAAGGUACUUACUCGCUUAUUUGAAAUAAUCAGGGGUUUUCGUAUACUGAUCAGGUUCCGAGUUUAUUUUACCGAAAGAUCAGCACUAAGCAGAGUGUUGAACUUUUUUCUGCAAAAAAUUCUUGCCUUACUGGAAAUCAGGACCAGCGAGAGGAGGUUUCUCUCAUGGAAAAAUUGCGGGAAGUGGAUCUGGAACUGCAGGACUUGCGCAUGGAUAAACCAUCAGUGCGGGACCUCCUGCCACCAGUGCUACAAAAAAUGCUCGACGAGGACGAAGCCCGCAUGAAGCAGGCUGGCGCGCGCGCAGGCUAUGAGUCGGGCACGUAGAAUGGAGUAGACCGAAAACAGAUCAUCCCAUGUUGUCCAUGAAAAAGAACUACGCAGAAACAGAAAUACACAUGCGCAGAAG